AUGCCGAUCGAUCUCAGCUUCCAUUACACAGACACAGAACUCAAUUGGAAGAUGUCGUCGCACAUCCUCCUCAGUGCCACCACCAUCCAACCCUAUCCCCCAAACCUUUCGACAAAAAUAGCCAAGCAGGCUAUGCGGGCUGAAAUACGCCAAGGCCCUUGGCAUACGCCGGCGCCAAUCGACCCGUACGGUGGUGGUAUCAAUACUGACUCGUCUACUCCGGGGUCAGAGUACGAAGGAGUCACGGAGUCCUGGACUGAACGCGGGGAUCCCCAGAAUCACGCUACGGUUCCGACCCGUCCAUACCACUGGCUCGAAGUUUUGUCGGGCAUCGACGCCGCCGCUGGGGAUGCGAUGGAGGCUCGUGCCACGUCGGAGAAUAAGGCGCAGGUUCUGUUCGCCCACCUGUCCGUGCCUAGUGAUCCAGCAUUCCAGUAA